GGGAUAAUACCGUGGAGCCGCCCGGGCUGCAGUCCCGCCCGGGAGCCGGCAGGGAGCGGAACUGCGGAGCCGCCUGGUCUCCCGCAUCUGUUGGUUCAUUCCUGUGUCCUGUCCAUCUGAACGCAGGCUGCAGGAGCAGCCACAAGAUAGAAGCCGGGUGGCAUGGCAGCAAGCACUGAUGUAGCUGGGCUGGAAGAGAGCUUCCGCAAGUUCGCCAUCCAUGGUGACCCCAAGGCCAGUGGACAAGAGAUGAACGGCAAGAACUGGGCCAAGCUGUGUAAGGACUGCAAGGUGGCUGACGGAAAGGCUGUGACGGGGACUGAUGUUGACAUUGUCUUCUCCAAAGUCAAGGCAAAGUCUGCCCGAGUCAUCAACUAUGAGGAGUUCAAGAAGGCCCUGGAAGAACUGGCAGCCAAGCGGUUCAAGGGGAAGAGCAAGGAAGAGGCCUUUGAUGCCAUCUGCCAACUGGUGGCAGGCAAAGAACCAGCCAACAUUGGUGUCACUAAAGCCAAAACAGGGGGUGCCGUGGACCGGCUGACUGACACCAGUAAGUACACUGGUUCCCACAAAGAGCGUUUUGAUGAGAGCGGCAAGGGCAAGGGGAUUGCUGGACGGCAGGACAUCCUGGACGACAGUGGCUAUGUGAGUGCCUACAAGAAUGCGGGCACCUAUGAUGCCAAGGUGAAGAAGUGAAGCCUGAAAAGGGGCCUCCCUCCGCCCUCCAGUGUGGCUGCCCCUGCUGGAGGCACAAGCCUGGGCUUAAGGAGCAUGUGGAGCAAGAAAGCUUGGUCCCCUCCCUGCUGGACCUGCCAGAGCUUCCUGCCCAGUCCCAUGGGGCCAGCUCACCAGACCUCUGGCCCAGACUGCUCUGUGUCCCUCUUUCCCUUCCUCUUGCCUCCCUGACUUCUGUCUGGGGACAGUCUGUAGCCUCACCAUCCCAGCCUGGUCCCGGGCAUGGCUGACUCCUGCCUGCUUGCCUCAUAUUUAAGCUGCUGCUCUGGCCAAGUGCCUAAUUCUUACCCAGACCUCAAUAAAGACACCUUUUGUACCAA